GGCGGGAUGAGCCCUCUCUCUCACACACACACACUCACACACACACACACCUACACACGCUCACACACACACACACACGCAGGACCAAGAUGUGCUCCUCCUCGCGCCUCCUCGUGCUCCUGCUGUCCCUCUGCGCCGUCGCCGCCGUCCCGCACCGGGAGGGCAAGCACCUGAUGCUCUCCAAAGAGGACGUGCUGCACGCCUCGCUGGUCGACCUCCUCCUCUCGGACCUCCUGCAGACGGAGAACGAGGUGGUGGAGGACGAGAGUUUUGCGGGCGGAAUGGACCCGGCGGACGUCCACGUGGCCUUGGAGAGGUCCGCCGGCGGAGGUGCUCUUCUGGCGCCUCGCGAGAGAAAAGCUGGCUGCAAGAACUUCUUCUGGAAAACCUUCACGUCCUGCUGAGCUCCUCCUCCUCCAGAACUUUGGCAUCUGCCAUGUCAGACCACUUGGGACCACCUUGAUGGACUUGUGUGUCUUUUUCCCCGGUCGCUUUCAAUAAAAGCACUUGG